GUGGUUGAUAAUAACAUGGGUGGGCUCGAGGGGGCGAUGGUGGACUGUCAGAGGCGGUUCGGAAGUAUGUAACUAGUCACGCAUUAAUGAAGUUGAGUAAUGAUUCACCACGCCGGUUUAAACGUUAAAGUGUACGUUAGAGAAACUGCGUCGGUGUAACGGAACACCGGAGCUCGACAGGUGAACUUUGUUUGGUCGUCGACGCGUAGAGAGAGAGAGAGACGUCGGCUAGUUUAGCUUUAGUGACACGGUUAGCAGGAAGAAAGGUCCUCGGGAGACGAGGAGAGCCCGCCUGUGCUCAUGGCUGCCCUCGGUAACUCCGGGGCCGCUUCCAGCCCGAUGGUGGUCCUGGCCCCGAAGACGAAAACUAAAAAGAAACAUUUCGUGCAGCAGAAGGUGAAAGUGUUUCGAGCUAGCGACCCCGUCCUUAGCGUCUUCAUGUGGGGCGUCAAUCACUCGAUCAAUGAUCUCAACCAGGUGCCUGUUCCUGUCAUGCUGCUACCUGAUGACUUUAAAGCCAACACUAAGAUCAAAGUCAACAACCACCUCUUUAACAAAGAAAAUCUUCCAGGACAUUUCAAGUUCAAAGAAUACUGUCCUCAGGUCUUCCGAAAUCUAAGGGAACGGUUUGGCAUUGAGGAUCUAGACUAUCAGGUUUCGUUGACCCGCAGCCCCCCUGUGAGGAGUGUGGAGGACCAGGGAGAGGGUCUGCUCCUCAACUCCUACGACCGAACGCUGGUCAUCAAGCAAAUCUCCAGCGAGGAUGUUGCAGACAUGCACAGCAUCCUGUCAGAGUAUCACCAGCACAUAGUGAAGUGUCAUGGCAGCACCCUGCUGCCUCAGUUCCUGGGUAUGUACCGUGUGAGCGUGGACAGCGAGGAGACCUACCUGAUCGUCAUGAGGAACAUGUUCAGCCACAGACUGGUCGUUCACAGGAAGUACGACCUGAAGGGCUCUCUGGUGGCUCGUGAAGCAAGUGACAAAGAAAGGGGAAAAGAACUCCCUACCUUUAAGGACAUGGACUUCAGGAACAAUAUGCAGAAGGUGUAUGUGACGGAUGAGCAGAAGGAGAAGUUCAUGGAGAAACUCCACAAAGAUGUGGAGUUCCUGGUGAGGCUGAAGAUCAUGGACUACAGCCUGCUGCUCGGUAUCCACGAUGUGGGUCGAGCUGAACGGGAUGAAGAGGAGGGCGAGGAGAUUUUCAACGAGGAAGAUCCAGAGGCGGAGAACGGCCUGGCUCCGGGCGCUACGGUGGGCUCGUAUGGCACCUCUCCAGAGGGAAUCGCUGGUUACAUGUCCUGCUGCAAACCUCUGGGGCCCGGGGAGUUCGACCCCUAUGUGGACGUGUACGCCCUCGGGAGCUGUCCAGGAGCCCCUCAGAGGGAGGUCUAUUUCAUGGGCCUGAUUGACGUACUUACUCAGUACGACACCAAGAAGAAAGCCGCUCAUGCAGCAAAAACUGUCAAACACGGGGCCGGUGCUGAAAUCUCCACAGUCCACCCUGAGCAGUAUGCCAAACGAUUUCGCGACUUCAUCUUUAACAUCUUUGCUUAACACGAGGAUACGAGCGCUGCCAUAAGUCGCUCCAACUGAGCGCUAUUUUUACCAUUGACCAAAAAUAGUAUGCACACACGGAUCAUUAUUUAAACGUGGUGACCUGAGAUGAGACAACUUGCAUUGUAGCAACAUAAUGUACUACUUGUGAUGCAUUUAUUUAUUUUUAAGAUUUAAGAUGCAUUUCUUAUAGAUAUCAAGCAGUCUUUAAAGGGUUAACUCUGGAGCAUUAGGGUACAUGGAUACAAACUGCUGUUGAUCAGUGUUAGACCGCAUCACCGUGAGAUCAAAUACUAGUUUUCUUUUUUUGUCACCUUCUUCUGAUUUCCCUGGCAUGAACUAAAACUUACAUGUUGGGAUGUGUGCUUAUUUGCUUACUUGACAAAAGUUAAUUUGGGAUAAUAAUAUCACUCGUGUGUCUGUUAAAGGUUCCCUGUGGAGUUUUUGACAUCUAGUAGCGUCAUUUCCUUGAGCGGGUCCUUGUUUUCUUUCUUGUGGACGCUUGUACACAAUCCACUGCGCAGCCAACGGUGUCCCACUGAUCUGUACGUGGCGGUAACACCGAGCUGUGGAAAAGAAGAAGAAGAAGAAUACUGCUAGCCAGUGAACGUGGAUGCUGGAUUUAAAAUCUCAGCUUUGAAAAUGUUUUAUGAGGGGAAAUGUUUUCAACAUGCUUCUUGGACCGUUAGGAAAGAAACAGUAUGUUUUUCAGUGAAUCUAAACACAACUUUUGUUUAGGGCUGGGCAAUAUAUCGAUAUUAUAUUGGUAUCCGGAUAUGAGACGAAAUAUUGUCUUCGGUUUUGAAACUCGAAAUAUGGCAUGAAUGUGAUGUAAUUUUAUGAACAUACCAGACAGUUCUAUUAGAUGCCUUCAACCUCACAUUACUGAUUAUUAAUAAAUAAUCUAAUUGUGUAAAUAUUUUAUAAAAGCACCCGUGGUGAACUUUAAAAUAUUGUUGCACUAUUAAUAUCGAGGUAUUUGGUCAAAACUAUUGUGAUAAUUCGUAUUGCCCAGCCCUACUUUAGUUUGUUUACAGGAACACUCCACAAUGUGAAGCUAUAGGAGGACCAGGAGACAGUUAGCUUUGCUUAGCGUAAAGACCGGAAUCAGAGCUGCUGAGAUAUUAUGCAUACAACUUAUGGUUUUUAUUCAGCUUAAAUGAGAACAUUUUAAUUUGUGAUCUUUUGAGGUGCUGUUUGACAGCUUUUGUUAUCCUAACAGAUCCAGGGUUAACAUCUGUUAAGCCUGGUUUCCAAUCUUAAUGCUAAGCUAAGCUAACCGGCUGCUGGCUGUAGCCUUGUAUUGGUAUCGAUCUGUGAGGAAGCAAAUAACCCUAGCUCCCAAAACUUUAUACUAUUCCUUACAUCCUAGAAUAUCCUUUCGAUGGAAAUGGGUAUUGAAACAACAAUUUGUAGUCUAAACUCUACACUUGAGAAAUAAUAUUAUGUAUCUAUUGAAGCAGGCCAUUUGAAUGUUUAGAACGCCAAACGUGUGAGAUCGAAGAUUUAUUGUUGCAUUUUGCAAACAAUUAAAGCAACUCUGCUGGGACAGGUAAAUAAAACUCAAUUUGAAUCAAUCAGAUAUGAUUAUUUCAAAGUCUACACAAUGUUAAAGAAAGUGCAAAGCCUCUUCAAUUGAAAUGGUAAAGAUGCGGUGUUUGAAUUGGAGAGCACAUCAAAUAGUUUAGCCUGUAAACGUGUUUGGCUGCACUGCAUCUCUUGGCUACCAGAGACUGUGUGUGUGUGUGUGUGGGGGGGGGGGGGUCAGCUGGGCCUGCAUUAAUCAACUGACUUGUCCACAUUUUAGGAUCAGUCCUGCCUUUUUUUUAAUGAAAUACCUUCAUGUGUAAGUCUUUAUCGCAAUACUUCCUGAGAAUGAGCCCAUCCAUCAUUGUAUUGGACAGACUCCUUUUUGAAUGUGAUGUAGUGUUUUGUGCAUUAAAAUGGCAAAUGUGCAUCGUGAAAGGACACUACUUUGACAAAUGUAGCAGUAGACCUUCACUGUCUGUGUAUCGUAAUGACAUUUGAGACUUAGUGACCGGGUUACCUUGUAAAACAUUCUUGACAAUAACACUACAUGUCAGUAGCUUCUGCAGUCGUACCAUGACGAGCAUUCCUUCACUGGCCCGGCGGCGGAGCUACAGUCCACUCUGUGAUGCCUCAUCUACUCGGCACAUGUAUUUUUGCAAAUCAGCUUUUGGACCAAAAUAUAUUUUGCAAAGAAAGUG